CAAGAAGCUCCCUUUAUCCUUCACAAAAUCAAGAACAAAUUAGCCCCUUGCCUUUGAAUUCAUUAGCUCUGAUAUAAUAACCUGUGGCAAUGGUUUUCAGUUGGAGAAAAAGAAAACCCAGAAAUGGAGAUAAAAAAGUGCAUCAUAUGGAGCUUGAGAUCCCAAGGCAUUUCAUUUGCCCAAUAGCUCUUGAUCUUAUGAAGGAUCCGGUCACAAUAUCUUCUGGGAUGACUUACGAUCGAGAAAGCAUCGAGAAAUGGCUCGAAGAGGGGAAUUUCACAUGCCCCGUUACGAAUCAAGUCCUUACAAAUUUCGAUCAGAUACCCAAUCAUUCUCUCAGGAAAAUGAUCCAAGAUUGGUGCGUGGAGAACCGGAGCCACGGCGUUGAAAGGAUCCCGACGCCGAGAAUCCCCGUCAGCUCAGCCGAGGUCUCCGAGGUUCUGUUUUCGGUUACCGAUUCGAAGAGACGAUUGGACCGAUGCGAGUGUCUGAAUUCCGUUCAUAAAAUCAAAAAAUGGGGUCUCGAAAGCGAGCGAAACAGGAGAUGCAUCGUUGCGAACGAUGCCGCCGGGGUCCUCGCCGCGGCGUUCGACGCAUUCGCAAGCGACUCGGUGGAGAAGAAUGCCAAUGUGUUGGAGGAAAUAUUGUAUGUAAUGAACUGGAUGUUCCCACUUGCUGAAGCUCAAUUGCUCCUUGGAUCAAAACCUUCCUUGCGUUGCAUGGUUUGGUUUUUGAAAUCAAACGACAUUUCAGUGAAGCAAAACUCCAUUAACGUCCUGAAAGAGCUUACUUCUUGCGACCAGCUAUACGGAGAACGCUUGGCCGCCAUUGAUGGAGUCAUUGGAAUCCUAUUCAAGUUCAUUAAAGACCCAAUUUCUCCUUUGAUCACGAAAGCUUCUCUCAUGGUCAUUUACCACAUGGUUUCAUCACCAAACGAGAAAACCAAGGCUGAACUUGUGGAAAUGGGUCUGGUUUCUUUACUAUUAGAAUCCAUAAUCGAAUCUGAAAAGAGCUACUGCGAGAGGGCUUUAGGUGUUAUAGACAAACUCUGCGAGACCAAACAAGGGAGGGAAUCUGCUUACGAUAACGCUCUGGCAAUGCCGGUUCUGGUGAAGAAGAUAUUGCGUGUUUCGGAACUGGCAACCGAGUACUCUGUUUUGGCCAUAUGGAAGCUAAGCAAAUACGAAGAAAAGGUCUUGAUUGAAGCUCUUCAAGUCGGUGCAUUUCAAAAGCUCUUGUUGCUCAUACAAGUCGGGUGCAGCGGUGAAACCAAAGAGAAAGCAACUGAGCUUUUGAAGUUGUUGAAUCCUUACAGACCUGGAUUGGAGUGUAUUGAUUCUCAGGAUUUCAAGAACAUCAAGAGAUCUUUUUGAGUUUUUUCUUCUUGUUUAUCCUUGCAAAUUCUUUAUUCUUUGAAAAUCCAAGCUGAAUGUGCUUGGGUUCAUUCAUU